AUGAAUGUUUACGGCACACCAAAGUCUGGAUUGUCAGCCCGUGACCUUGGUAAUGUCUGUAACCGUGUUAUUCAGCAGAAAUGGAAGAAGGAGUUCACUCUGGAGUUCUCCCGUGAUCGCAAAUCGAUGUCGUCAUACUGUAUUCCGGCGACAGGUGGAUCAGGUGCUAAGAUGUUCGUAAAAGGCGCCCCAGAAGGAGUCCUUGGCAGAUGCACUCAUGUACGAGUGAACAACCAAAAAGUACCGCUCACGCCUGCAAUGACACAAAAGAUUGUCGAAAAAUGCGUGCAGUACGGUACUGGACGAGACACUCUCCGUUGCCUCGCUCUGGGAACUAUUGAUAACCCGGUCACACCGAGUCAAAUGAAUCUCGAAGAGGCGUCACAGUUCAUCAAGUACGAGCGCGACAUAACUUUUGUCGGUGUUGUUGGUAUGCUGGAUCCUCCACGUACUGAGUCAUUCACUGGAAGAGAAUUCGACGAUCUCCCACCUGAGCAGCAAUCAGACGCUUGCCGACGAGCAAAACUUUUCGCUCGAGUAGAACCUGCCCAUAAAUCGAAAAUUGUCGAUAUUCUGCAAAGUCACGGAGAGUGGAACCACCAGCGGACCUUGCAUUGCAGAAGAAAAGACUCUGAAAGUUGA